AUAUUGAUGAUCAACAUCAACAAAGCAGUGAGUGGAUAGUGGAACCAUAGUAACUUGAACUGUUUGAAGAUGUAUAUAUAUAUAAAGGUUUAUACACCUAUAUAUGAGUUAUGUAAUCAAAGGAAAAUUUCGAACUUCACCUCAUCUUUAUUAUUGAGUUUUAAGACAAUGUUAUUCCAUACCAUUUUAACCAACAACAGUAAUAGUGAUAAUAUUGAUGGUAGUGUUUGAAUUACAACUCAUUCUGCUUUAAUUCACAAGCAAAAAGCUUACACUCUCCCAACAAUACUCUGUUGGCCUCAAACUUAACAUUCACCUCGGAUAAUCAGUCUACAUCUACACCAAACAGUAGUAUUCAGUUAAACAGAAUAGACGAUUUUUCAGUUAAAGCACAAUGCUCCUUGCCUACAUCGCCUCUUCCAAACAAAUAUGAUAUGGAUGAAAUUUUGCAUAAACCUUUGAUCAAUACCUUCCAGUCCAGUUCAGAUGAUUCCAUAACUUCUACUACUACUGCUGUUAUCAGUGAAAUGAAUACAUCAACGACUUAUCCAACUGAUUCACAUAACAUGUUUGGUCAACAUUCAAUCAAUCCUCAGACUACUUGUGAAGAUGUAGUCGAGACACUGUCGUCGUCAUCAUCAUCAUCAACAACAACAGCAACAUCAAAAUUACCAUUUGCAACAGACAGUAGUUUAAAUUCUAUGGGUUUGAUGACCGAAGAACAUUUGAGGAAUUUUAAUCCACUUAAUUUAACUCCAUUCUGGUUAGCCCAUUUAAACAACAUUUUAUAUUUAUAUGCAUCUUCUUUGAAUAAUUCAUCAUCAAUGGUAGAUUUAAAUAAAACAAUCACUGGAUGGCGUAUAUGGAGAAGUUUACUGACACAACUAAUGGCCCAUGAGAAUAGUGAUAAACAAGUGGAAAAUAUCUCACCAAUUUCUUUACCCACUACUUUGCCUUCGUUUUUCUCAUCUGAUUGUUCAGCUAUAAAAUUACCAAUUAACAUGAAUAAUUUUAAUUCAUUUCAUCUUUAUAACUGGGAUCAUUUAAUGAAUUUAUCAUCUGCUUGUUACCAAAAUGUUACACCAGUUCAAACAACUCCAUUAAAUCUUGCUAUGAAAUUUAAUUCAACAGACUACAAUAAUACUAGUUCUUCUACAACAGCCAGAGACAUAAGUUUCAGUGGUAAUCAAAGAUUCAUAAAUUCAGAUUCAGAUGAAUUAAGGGUCUCUAUCCCAAAAAAAGAAUCAGCUACAGAAACAAAAUCCUUAUACACAGGGUCGAAAAAUUUAAUCACGUUAAAUAUGAAACGAUCAAUUUAUAAGUGUUCACAUUGUGGUCGAGGAUUUAGUAAGGCAUAUAACAGAACAAUACAUGAACGUACUCAUACAGAUGAACGUCCAUUUGGUUGUGAUAUUUGUUCAAGACGUUUUAGACGUAAAGAUCAUUUAAGAGAUCAUAGCUACACUCAUUUAACAUCUAAACCAUUUUCAUGUCCAAUAUGUAAUCGUGGUUUCUGUCAGUCACGUUCCUUAGAGAAUCAUAAACGUUCGAAUCAUCCAACUAGCAUGGAUCAAUCCAUUUCAAUGAUAAACACGAAUGAUUCAACUAUUUUCAAUCAUACAACAGCUAAUAUCAUUCCUUUUGAUACUAGUAUUAACAGUAUCAGCACCUUUGCUUCAACCUGUGAUGUUAUCAAUGUGAUGAAAAGCAUGAAAACAGAAUAGAAGUUAAUAAAUAUAACACUGAAUUCAUGUGCUUUCCAAAUGUUUACAAUUUUAAAAACAAAAUACCAAGGUAAUGAAUGAACAAAACUAAGAAAGCAUUCACUGUAUGAACUGAAGAACUUAUCAUUUUUAUUUGCUUUACUUUAUUUUUCCUUUUCUUUUAUCAAAAGUUAUAAGCAUUUUAAUCAAACAAAUUGUGUUCUUUCUUUAGCGUUUAUAUGAUCCGUCUUCCGUUUAUUUAAACUAAUAAGUGCAUAAAAUAGUUGAUCAGCGCUACUGCCUCAGAAUUGUACACAUUGAAUUUGACCUUGAAUUGUUAACAUUGAAAGAAACUAUAUUGAACUGAUAAUAAAUUAAUUAUGAAGAAAGAAAUUAAUAAGGGGACGUAAUUGUUUGUACCUUCCAAAGAAGGUGAAGAUCUGAAGUGUUUGUUUAAUUAACUUUAUUUUGAAUGACUAAAUGUUUAAUAUACAGCUUCAACGCUACAUUAUAUCUUUAUUGUGAUUCAGUUAAAGGUUCAAUGUAAACUCUAAUGAAAUAUAUACACUCAUUGUGAUUU